GAUAAACGACCACGCAUCCUCUCUGUCCAUGCUCGCCAGUUUCUCAUUCCGGGGGUUUCAGACUUUCCCCCGGCUCUACGCAUCCUUCAAAACUGUCUUGUUCGGUGUGACUGCGGCCACGUUUCCUUAUCUAUAGACAAAGACUUUGUGUUACGUCGUACACCAGUGAAAAAUCGUACCAAGGAGGAUAACUUUUCCGCACCUAUCGACAUUCAUUGAAGAUGUGGAACAAGUUUUCGGGUGUUCGUCAGUCGAGCCACCCUAUCACGAGGACACUUCUCUGCGUCGUCCUGGCGGUUGGUCUGGUUCAAGCAGCCACAGAGAACUGCAAGCAAGAAACUACCGUUUCCGCGGACGACGACGUCGUGAUCACAUUGGACGACAUCGAGCGCAUCGCCCUCAAGAACCUCGACGACGGGCCGAGGGGCUACUACCAGAGUGGGGCCGACGACCAGCAGACGCUCACGGAGAACAAGCAGGCGUUCCGAAGGCUUCGUCUUCGUCCCAGAAUGCUUCGUGGCGUCAAGGAUCGGGACAUGACGGUGACCGUGCUGGGAAGGCAGAGGCUGUCCAUGCCUUUGGGCAUCGCGCCUUCUGCCAUGCAGAGGAUGGCCCAUCCGGACGGCGAGGAGGCCACGGCAAAGGCCGCCGAGAAGGCCGGCACGGUGAUGAUCCUCAGCACGCUGAGCACCACGUCGAUGGAAGACGUGCGGAAGGCGGCCCCGCACGCCAUCCUUUGGUACCAGCUGUACGUGUUCCAAGACCGAGAGCUGACCAGGAGACUCGUCAAGAGGGCCGAGCAGGCCGGCUACAGCGCGCUCGUCCUCACCGUCGACGCGCCCGUCUUUGGGCGGAGGGUCUCCGACGUCCGGAAGCGCUUCAGCCUGCCCAGUCACCUCAAGUUGGCCAACUUCGACGGAAAGGAGUUGUCCAGUUUGUCGUCUGCCUCCGGCUCGGGCCUGGAGGCGUACGCAAACUCUCUCUUCGACCAGUCCUUGACGUGGGACGACGUUCAAUGGCUGAAGAACCUCACCUUUCUUCCGGUCAUCCUCAAGGGAAUCCUCACUGCCGAGGACGCUGUCCUGGCUGUCCGUAAUGGCAUCCCCGCUAUCAUUGUCUCCAAUCAUGGCGGCAGGCAACUUGAUGGAGUAGCGUCAACGAUAGAGGUCUUGCCGAAGAUUAUGCGCGCCGUCUAUGGGCGCAUCGAGGUGUAUUUAGACGGCGGCGUCCGUCAGGGUACAGACGUCGUCAAGGCACUAGCUCUAGGAGCAAAGAUGGUCUUCGUGGGUCGUCCUGCCCUCUGGGGACUGGCAUACAAGGGUCAGCAGGGCGUUGAGAAAAUGCUGGAGAUAUUCAGGGAAGAGAUCGACAGAGCAAUGGCGCUUCUGGGGAGCCGCACCUUGGGUGAUCUUCGGCCGCAGUUGGUUGCUCGUCAAGAAUACUACGCCUCCCUUUGAACGGUCGUCCGUCUUGCGUUGACCAACAAAACAGAUCGAAGCGUUUCGAUCUCUAACAGGAUAUUGAUCGCAUGGUUCAUCCAUCAGUUUCACUUUCUCUCACUGCCAUUAGCGCUCAUAUUUGUCUCAACCAGGGGUUUUCCAAACGUUUUGACCCAGGAACAGGAUUUGAGAUCCUCGCGCUCUGGAGGGUCGAAGCAUAAAUAAGUAAAUCAAAAUAAAAAGGAACUACAUCAAUAAAUCUAGAGAGGCAACAAAAUGGUGAGUUGGGCCAGUUGGUUCA